AUGCUGAAGACGGCCAGGGCGCUCCGCGCCGUGGACGGCGAGCUGCUCGCGCGGCUGAGGGGCUUUGCAGCUGUGCCUGCGGUUGCCAAGGCCGGGUUGACGCCUUUCACGAAGUUCGGCAGCCCGGUGCCGCAGGACAACCAGGGACCGUUCUACAACAAGGCGCUAGGCCUGAUUCCCGAGUGCGAGGUCUCCACCCUCAGCAACGGCCUCCGCGUGGCCACGGAGACCAUCCCCUGGGCGACCACGGCGACCGUCGCGGUCACCAUCGACACGGGCUCGCGCUACGAGGAGCGCCACACCAACGGCGUCGCGCACUUUCUCGAGCACCUCAACUUCAAGGGCACGGGGCGCCGCUCGCGCUCCCAGAUCGAGGUUGAGGUCGAGAACCUCGGCGGGCAGCUCCACGCGUUCACGAGCCGCGAGCAGACGUGCUACUGGGUCAAGGCCGAGCGCUCCGCGGUCCCCGCGCUCGUGGACGUGGUGGCCGACAUGCUGACGGGCUCCCAGUACGAGCAGCGGAGCGUCGACGCGGAGCGCUCCGUGAUCACGACCGAGAUGGAGCACGUGUACCAGCAGCCCCACGAGGUCGUGUUCGACCACCUCCACGCCACCGCGUUCCAGAACACCGGCCUGGGUUUCACGAUUCUGGGGCCGCGGGAAAACAUCAUGGCGAUCUCGUCGGGCGACGUGAAGACGUUCGUGAAGGAGCACUACACCGGGCCGCGCAUGGUGCUCUCGGGCGUCGGCGCGAUCACGCACGAGGAGCUCGUCAAGCUCGGCCAGGCGCACCUGGGCGGCGUGCCCAGCGAGGGCGCGAGCACCGCGCAGCAGCUCGCGAAGAAGCCCGGGUUCUUCACGGGCAGCGACGUGCGCAUCCGCGAGCCGGACGAGGCGUCGUGCCACUUCGCGGUCGCCGUCGAGGGCUGCUCGCACAACGACCCGGACUUUGUGGCGCUGGAGCUCAUGCGCAUGAUGCUGGGCGACUGGGACGCGUCGUCGAGCGUGGGCAUCAACAGCGGGUCGCACCUCGCGCAGAAGGUCGCGGCGGGCGGCUGGGCGGACCGCGUGUUCGCGUUCAACACGGCGUACCACGACACGGGCCUGUUUGGCGUGUACGCCUCGGGGCCCGCCGCGCACACCAAGGACCUGUCGUGGGCGGUGAUGAAGCACCUGUCCGGCCUGAGCUACUCCGUCUCGGACGUCGACCUCGUGCGCGCGAAGAACAUGCUCAAGGCCGAGCGCCUGAGUUACUACAAGAACAGCGAGAGCGUGGCCACGGACAUCGGCGCGCAGCUCGCCAAGCACAACCGCCGCGUGCCCAUGGACGAGAUGUUCGCGCGCAUCGACCGCACCACCGCCGAGGACGUCAAGCGCGCCGCCCAGCGCUUCGUGUACGACGCCGAGGUGGCCAUUGCCGCCUACGGGGAGACCUUCGACCUCCCGGACUACAUCUGGUUCCGCCGCAGGACCUACCAGCUGCGGUACUAG